AUGGCAGACUACACUAACCUUCCAGACUUCGACUCCCUCCCCAAGGUCGAGGGCAUGCCCCACGGGUGUGCAUGGGGCCUCUUCGACAAGGACGGCAAGAAGGACCACCUUGGUUGCAUAAACCUCCUGACCCCGAAAGUCGUACAGGAGGCCUUCAAGGAGGCUCGCGACGGCGUCUCGGUAUCGCUCAACUGGCCCAUCGGCGCGAUUCAGAAGCCGGGCUUUGGACGAAAGGGCUUGGUGCACAAGGUCUUCUCUUUCAAAGACAGCCCUCUUCACCUCUCGGGCUUCGAUGACGAGGUCGAGUUCAAUACGCAAUGUUCUUCUCAAUGGGACAGUCUGGUACAUUUCAGCCAUCAACCCACCGGCCUCGGCUACAAUGGCGCCGAUCUGCAGAAGGAGCAGCUGAUUCAGGAUUUCGGCCACGUCGACCUGGACAAGGCUUUUCCCACAUUAAACCACUGGCACGACCGUGGCGGCUUGGUGGGACGGGGAGUCCUCCUCGACUAUCGUGCCUACGCUGAAGCCAAGGGCAUCAAGUAUAGCUGCUUUGAAGCGCACGCCAUCUCGGUGCAGGAUCUCGAGGCCGUGGCCGCUCACCAGGGCACGAAAUUCAAGCACGGCGAUAUCUUGAUCAUUCGCUCCGGCUUCACAGAAGACCUAGGGGCAGCUAGUGCCGAAGAGCAGGAACGCAUGCUAGGCACUCACAAGUCAGUCGGCGUCAAAGGCUGCAAAGAGUCGGCCAAGUGGGUAUGGAAUCACCACUUUGCUGCUGUUGCGGGAGACGCGAUUGCGUUUGAGGUGCUCCCUCCUACGCUCGAGGACGAAGGCAACCGGGUGGGCACGACUGCAGACCUUGUUCUCCAUCAAUACUUCCUCUCUCUCUUCGGCCUCAACAUCGGCGAACUGUGGGACCUGAAGGCCCUCGGCGAGCACUGCAAGAAAGUCGGCCGCUACGAGUUCCUCUUGACAAGUAUCCCAUUGAACGUCCCCGGCGGAGUCGGCAGCCCACCGAACGCCCUCGCAAUUUUCUAG